AUGUAUUCAUCAUGGAUCAUAGUCGAAUUAAAUGUUAAAAUUGGUUUACCUAAUUUGACAACAUUUUCUUUUACUUCAACAUCACCAGCAGAAGAAUAUGAUAAUUUGAUAGUGUCAACGCUUCGAGAAAUGUCGAACAUAGAAAAACAAGACUUAUAUCUCCAUGUUGAAAAACGACCAGAAUUUAUUGAUAAUGAUGAUCUCUAUGGUGAUAUACUUAUCUAUAUGCCAUGA